ACGUUAACCUGUUGCCCAUCUCCCAUCUUGCUGCCCAGUUGCAGGCCUUUUCGGUGUUCUCUCCCCGCUUUUCUCUUGUUUAUCCCUUUAGACUUUCUGUCUGCGCCUUUCUUUAAUCUUCUCACUCUGUAGGCCUACUGCAGAAUGGCCUACCACGACGCCAACAAUCAGAACUUCAGUUCACAAAAUCUAAAUUCUCCGUACGCCGCUGGCGACCCCUACUACAACCAAUCAUCUGGAUUCAUUACUCCUCCCAAUGGCGAAAAGUCGAAAGGAAAGGGAGUCAGCAAGUGGAUCAAGAUUGGUAUACCCCUCGCUAUCCUAGUCAUCGUCGGAGUAGUCGUCGGUGCAGUCGUAGGUACCAAGAAGAGUAAGGAUAGUAGUAGCAGUAGUCCUGCCGCUCAAUCUGCUGCUGCUGCUUCCAGCUCCUCCGCCUCGGUCAAUUCUGCUCUGGAAGAGCUUGCAACUGGAAAGUUUGCUAUGGCUACGAACAGUCUUUAUAUGGUGCCUCUCUACCCUCAAGUCACCGACACUGCAGUCUUCACCACUCCUACCUUUGCUUCCUCCGCCAAAGCUUCUCUCACGUGGCCCAGCGAUACCUUCUCCGCUGCCACUCCUGCUGCUACAUCUGUUCGUCCAGACAGACCCAGACUCAUCGCUCCUCAAUACAAGUGGGAUGUUUUGGCGGACCACAUAGCCGCCGAUCCUUACCUCUCUUACUGGAAUGAAACCAUUUUCGGUAAUGCCACUGAUUGGUACAACGACGACCCAGUCGCCUACUUCUUCGAUGGAGGUAAUGGUAUCUUGGAUAUUGCUCGUCGAUUCAAGCAGAGAGCCAAAGCAUUUUCGUAUGCCUAUCGUAUGACCAACGAUACUAAAUGGGCGGAUCGUCUCUGGGUUGAGAUUCAAAAUGUCGCUGGUAAUUAUACCACUUCCUUUGGUCCCGAUUAUGACCGCUGGGACUCUAAUCAUUUCCUUGACACGGCCGAAUUCUCCGCUGGUUAUGGUAUUGCCUACGACUGGUUAUACGACGUCUGGACCGACGACCAGAAGGCUGCUAUGCGUUUCACCUUGAUCGAGUACGGAUUGUCCUUUGGUCUCCAGGCCUAUAACAACGCCAGUUCUUUCAUUGGCUGGUGGAAAACCAAUACUACAGGAAACUGGAAUUGUGUCUGCAAUGGUGGACUAACAUUGGGUUCUCUCGCUAUUCUUGGCGAUGAUGACACCGGUAGUGCUUCACAGCUCCUCGCCCUCACUGUCCCCAAUGCUCUUGAGAAUUGUGCUGCAGGACCAACGAGUGAUGGUACAUGGAGUGAGACACAGGAUUACUGGUAUUUUGGUACUACUGGAUAUGCCGAGAUGACAUCCGCUCUCAUAACUGCUACCGGCUCUGACUACGGCAUGCUCAACGAUGCAUACACGCUCACUGGCUAUUCACACAUGUAUGGCCAAGGUCUUACUCAGCUGUUCGCUGUCGGCGAUACCGGCCCUAACAAAUUCUCGUCCACUGCCAACGGAUUAUUCUUCUUUGCUUCCGAAUUCAAUGAACCUACUAUUGCUCUGUAUCAGCGUGAUCAGGCUGACGCUGCAGAUCCAUGGAGUAUGUUCUGGUACGAUGCCUCUGUUCAGGGUGCCUUCUGGGAUGGCUUGCCCUUGGACCGUAACUUCGACAAUGAGAUAGAUCAAUGGGUUUCUAUGCGAAGCACAUGGACGGAUAUCAACGGAACCUAUAUAGGUAUGAAAGCCGGUAUGAACCAAGGCCGACAGACACAUAACGACCUUGACUGUGGUGACUUCGUGCUUGACGCUAUGGGCCACCGUUGGGCUGGAGAGCUCGGAGACGGUAAUUACAAUGCUCUGGAUUACUUUAGUAACGACACCCAGAGUAGUGCCAGGUGGUACUACUACAGGAAGAUGACUGAAGGCCAAAACACGAUAUUGAUCAACAAGUCGAACCAGAAUGUCCUCGCGAAGCCCACUAUUCUCGGAUACGACACUACCAACGAUACUCAAGGCUCGAGCACGGUUUAUGAAGUUGCAAGCGGUUCUACGGCGUAUUGGUAUGCUGAUAUCACAAGCGCGUAUUUCAGUGACACCUCUUCGGCGAAGCGUGGUGUGCGUUUCAUCAACAACAGGACACAGAUGCUCGUCCAGGACGAGAUAACCACCACCAGUCCGUUCCAAUGGCGUAUGCACACGAACGCAACAGUCAGCGUCAGCUCCGAUGGCACAAAGGCCACCCUUACCAUUGACGGAGAUGAAAUGAUUGUUUCUAUCCUUAGUCCUUCUUCUGGUGCCACAUUCACAACCUCCGCAGCCGUCCGUUUCGACACAGACCCUAUCCCUCCCGAAGCUGACCAACCUAAUCCUGGUGUCACAGUCUUGAUCAUCGAGAUGGACGCAGGAACCACUAAUCUCCAGGUCCUCUUUUCCCCUCAAUGGAAAGACGGCACUUCAUCUGUCACUCCUCCCUCUGUGGACUUGGCCAACUGGUCGCUAACUAGCCACAAUACAUAGCCCCUUUUAGUUUUUAGUUUACUUUUGAAUGGGACAAUUCCUAUCAUGACUGUCUAGUUUAUUCUCCCCCGUCUUGAGACUCCUGUCAUUAGGAUAAGUAUAGAUCUGACAUUGAUCCUUACUGACAUAGUUUGUGCUUUAAUCUUCGUUUUGUAUGUUACAAAUUGCAGCUUCAUUUCUAUCUGUGUAAUUAACGACCUUCGAGCUCGAG